AUGGCUUGGUUCUCAAUAUUGCCAGACAACCUGAGCACCGUCGAGGCAUGGGCCGCUCGCAUAUUCAUACUACUCGGCGUGCUGACCAUCGGCCCCUGGGCGCUGUUGAUCAUCUACGAUCUCCUGCUCUACAGCUGGCGAUCAGCAACCCAUGAAAUACCUGUAAUCGGCGGACGAGCGCGCGGUAGACAGCGACCUCGAGCGCCGAGUCUCACAGAACGGCCUAGCGGCCAUCGGCGAAAAUUCAGUCUCGCUGUGCCUUCAUCAAUCGGAGAAGAAGAUGACUCUGAUCGGUCCGCCAGCGCUUCGGGCAAGGAUUCGUCGGCGGACCUCCGAGCUCGACAUUCCGACAGUGCAGUUUUCGAGGAGUAA